CUAGUACGCUGUGAUGAAGCAGGGGGUAUAUGCACAGUAGGACACUCUCUUCUAAGUAUUAUCUACUCUUGAUACUAGUGACAAAGCUUUAACAAUGACUCAGAAAUAGAAUGGUCAAUUGGUCAGAGAUAGAAGUGAGUAUAUUUCACUUUAACACUUCCUCUUAACAGUUCCUUUUAAGAGAGCUCUCUGAAAGUUUAAUUUAACAGUUCCUUUUUAAGAAACUUCAUUUAACAGUUCCUUUUUAAAAAACUUCAUUUAACAGUUCCUUUUUAAGAAGCUUCAUUUAACAGUUCCUUUUUAAGAAGCUUCAUUUAACAGUUCCUUUUUAAGAAGCUUCAUUUAACAGUUCCUUUUUAAGAAGCUUCAUUUAACAGUUCCUUAUAAGAGAUUCGAAGAGAUUCCCCUAGUUUUAAGACAUUAUAUAGUUUGACUUAAUCAGACAGUUUUUAUGGCGUCCAGCUGCAAUUUGUACAAUUCACAGACUGUUGCUUUCAUUAGAAUUUAUCUGCUUUAUCAUUUGUUUAUAGAAGUAUCAGCUUUGGUGUUCAUUUUGAGGUUUCUUGUGUUCUAGUGUAAACUAGACCCAUAUCCAACUAAAAGCAUAAUGACAUCACUCAGAUGAUAUUUCCGGUCCCUUUUAGUAUUUAAAGUCACACCGAGUUGAGAGCUUAUCAUCAAGAGUACUCUUGUUACUAUAAUAACAAUCAGUUAGAGUUGGCAAAUCAAGACAUGUCUUUCAUGAUGUUUUGCAUUCUGUUCUUUUCAGGCAUUGUAGUUUGUUCUGUGGCAGCACCAGUGGAGGAGACUGCAUUGGAAUAUAACUAUAAUGUUAAAAAUAAGCGGUCAAAUGAAGAGUCACCAGUGAGCCAUUUGGAAAAGAAACUAAAUGAGACACAAGAGGAGAUUACCAAAUUGGAUGAGAUGAUGAUACUGUAUUUUGAAUAUGUAUUUAGGACUAUUUAUCGAUUGACAGGUCCAAGGUUUUUUUCUAAAUGGAAAUCUUCCUCCAUACCAUAUAUGGACCACAUUGAUGAGUUCUCAGCAUGGGAUGGACAGCAAAUGAGGCAGUACAUAAUAGCAACUAGUAGCCACUGGCAGAGUGUCUCAAUAUACCAGAAUACAGGAGAGGGACUGAGGCAUUCUCAAACAGUAAUGAUUCCUUGGGCAACAUCUACAAAAAACAUUAAGAUUAACGACACAGUAUACAUCGCUGUAGCCUGCCAUGGUUCCCAAGGUACAGAAAAAAUAGGAGCACGACUUUACAAUUGGACAUUUGAUGAAGACAUUGAAGGGACUCUAACACAAGUACAAACUUUUAAUGAGACUAAUGAGAUCACAUUCGGAAAGACAGCAGGCGAAUUCUUUAUCACUCUUACAAAACUAAAUUAUUAUUUCUCACAAACUGCACCAGUAGCCUCUAAAGUUUAUAAAUGGUAUCCUAAACAUCAUCAGUUCAAUUUUUUUCAAUCUCUAGAGACCGUAUGUGGAAUAAAACCAAAUUUUUUUGACAUCAAAGGUAAUCUCUUUUUAAGCAUUACCUGUGGAUAUAAUAGCUCAUCAAGCAUUGUAAACUCAUUCAUUUACAGGUUGAAUGGAUCCCGUUUUGAGAUAUUCCAGGCAAUACCCUUACCAAAUUCAAUAGAAAUACGUGACCUCUACCAUGCAUAUGUUAAACCUAGUCACUUCCUAGUGGCUGCCAGUGUAAAUGGACCAUUGGUUGUUUACAGAUUGAGUGACUUCACAGGACAUUUUGAGGUCUUUCAAACUAUUUUAACAUCACAUGUCAUGGCACUCGACAUUUUUUCCAUCAGGGGUGAAUACUUUAUGGCCAUAUCUUCAUGGGAUUAUAAGCCAUCAAUUGCAGCAGAUCCUCAUGCGAAAGUAGCUGUUUAUAAAUUCAGUGGAUCCACCUAUAACUUAUUUCAAGUGAUCAAAACAUUUAAUAUACCAUAUUCUGUUAAAGUGUUUGUUGAUGUCUUCUCUAAUUCCUCGAUGAUGGGAAUACCCCAGGCACUCACUAUUGAUCUCUACAAGUGGAAGGAUCGCUCAAAUAAAUAACUUCGCUUUUCAUUCUUGAUGAUACUUAUUUUAUUAUGCUGUUUAAAUCACUUAUUAGCUUAUGUAGAUUUUAUCCUUUCCUUGAUUUGUUAUUUUGCUUUGUAGUCGUGGUUAAUAUGUAGAUAUUACUCUUUCAAUAAUUUUAAGAAAA